UUCGCCUGCCCCUCAAAUAACAAACCAUAAUCAGCCCUAUUAUGCGUGUCAACACACUCGCUCUAAGAAGCAUAUGGACUGAAAGGAUUUAAUUUCCUUUUAAACCACCCCGCUAUUGAUCGUAAUUGGCUGGCGGCGAACAUCAAAGGAAAAAUAUCGCGUUUUGAUUGGAGGGCGGUAGAUCAGAGCCGAUACUCGCAGCACUAAGUGUGACCGCCUAUUCACAGUGGAGUGAAGAAAUUACACACAUCGCACGACCAUGGCCAGUUGAGGGAGGCAGGCAGUAGACUUUACAAUACUGCGCUUGGAGGAGGUUGAUACUAUCGCAUAACUAUACAGUCUCCGGUAUGGCGGCCGUCCUGCCUCGUCCCCAUUCUUAUCACAUACAGGACCCCUGUGAACAUCCGAUGGCGAUGUUGCCGUGUAACCGUCUCCGGUCGGGUCUCCACGACAUCCACAAGCCCCUCCCUACCUUCCUACAGCUUCCGCCAUCAUGGACGACCUCCCAUUGUCACACAGCACCGGUCUUCACGGAUGUGACGUCACAGCACGUGCAGAUCCAACAUCCGGUGGCUACCAUGAGCGGAAGUCUGCGAGCUCCGGCCCAGUCUCCCGUCACGUCACAUCCUUUCAACUACGAACUCUACCAAGCCAGAUUAAUGCAACAGAACUUAAUUGCUGCAGGACAUACGUUUAUUGCAACCCCACAAGUGACCAUGGCGUCAGGACCCGUGUCUCCCCUCCCUCCCCCAACACCCUCCAACAUCCCAAAACAGCUUUCCCCACCCCCUGCGUCUGAAGCGGAGAUACCCUGGUGGAGUGUACAGACCCACACCCCGGGGCCAAACCUCUCCCCAGAAAGACUAGCAGUGUCAUCGGGUCUUGUGUUUCAUAGCUCCGAAAUGCAAAUGGCGUCUGUGCUACAUGGGAUGAAGACUGCGGGUGGAGUCGCUCCUACAAGACGUUGUCGUCGAUGUCGCUGUCCAAACUGCCAGAACAGUGGCAACUCAGGCAACCCCGCCAAGAGGAAGCAACAUAUCUGUCACAUACCCGGAUGUGGGAAGGUGUACGGGAAGACAUCCCACCUAAAGGCCCACCUGAGGUGGCACACGGGGGAACGCCCAUUUGUGUGCAACUGGUUGUUCUGUGGUAAGAGUUUCACUCGGUCUGACGAGCUUCAGCGUCAUCUGCGGACACACACAGGGGAGAAGAGGUUUGCUUGCCAGGAAUGCGGAAAACGGUUCAUGCGCAGUGACCACCUCAGCAAGCACGUGAAGACGCACGAGAACAAGCGCGUGAAGAGUACGUCGCGCGAUGACGACGCCAGUGACGUUUCUGAUGAUGAAGACAUUGACGUGGAUGUGGAAUCUGAUUUUUCCUCGGACAAUAUAGAACUUGAGAGAGUGGAUGAACAAAUUACCUCCCUUGAUUCCCCUGCAUUGUAGAACCAGUACAUGCAUGGACAUAAAAAGUGCUUGUUAUUUCUUUUGGAUUAUUCGAAGUUAACCAGUGCUGUUGAACAUUUUGCUGAACUCAUAUCAGAAUGCAUUGAGACAAUUGUCUUUUUUCUGAAAACACCUAGUACUGUUUCAUAAACACAGAUGUUCUAUGCAAUCUUGCAUAUCAAAUAUAUCUUUAAGCAAAUGUGUAAUCUUGGCUGUUAUACAUUUGCAAUGCGUACAGUUACGUACCGUUAGUCAUGAAAGCCCGCUUCCCGAACGGUUGCUGUUGAAAAAACAUAACUCAAAGAACAUGACUACGUAUUAAUAGCUUAACCCAAGUGUAAUAAUCCGAAUUAUGUCACCAAGAACGGCACUACCGGAUUAACGUGAUUUAAUGUAUUGUAUAUGCAUCAGUAUUUACAGAUGGAGGAUGUUCCCGAUGGUUUCUUAUUAAAUAUGAUAACGAAAUGUUUGUUAAAUUACAUAGAUGGAUAUUUUACACUAGCAUUCCAGAUACGCACGUUGACUGGUGCACUGUUGACUACGGCACCCCCAGUUCUGUGGUGUUAUUCGUAUGCAUUAGUUGUUACAGGUUUCUACGCUUGUUGGUGUUUGUAACAUUGAUCUCAGUUUGUACAGUGAAAGCAACGUAUAUUACAUCAUAAAAGAAUAAAAUCAUAUUGUCGAAUAUAA